AUGAAUAACCUGACCAUUGUGACAUUCGCUUUCCAGAAGUUUUAUUCUGACGUUGCUUUAAUUGAUAUGGAAAGCAGCGCUGGUUCCAUGCCACAUUCUCGCCGGGAUGACUAUCACGGUACACACGAUGAAGCUUACUCCAAUCAUGACAGUACACCAGAUAUUGCUCAUUUGGAGCAUCUUGUUAGGGCAGAAAACAUGAACGCUAAAUGCAGAAUGGAUAUACUACAUCUAAUUGAAAGAUUUGAGCACGUGAGUGCUAUGACAACAACACCAAAGCCAACUACACCAACUACUGCUGGGACAACAAGACAUAGACAUACGCACCGUCCACACACGCAUGCGCCUCAUACCAGUACGCCUACUACAGCCAAGCCUACCACACCUGUCCUUACGAAUAAACCAACAACACGUGCUCCAAUAGUAACAACACCGCAGCCUGUUGUUACUGGAAAUCAAAUGUGUAAUCAGCUGACAUUAGUUUCGGAUUUGGCGAAGACAACUUUGAUAACCCAUCCCUUGGCGGGAUUUUGUGCUGACGGGACACGUAGUGAAUCUGAAGCACUAGUGCUGCAAUCCUGUACUGCUCCUGCCCCUGUACAAUGGCGCCAAGGUGACCACGUUUUAGGCAACUGUGCUAAUAUACCUAAAUUUAGCCCUAUCGCCACAUUCCUCCUCGGGAACUAUGUCAUGGAUGGUACGUCUCUCAGCGGUAUACUCUUGGGCUGUCAUCCCAAUGGUUUUAAGAUGGCAGCACAGAUAUGCGGCCACACGCCACAAAUUUUUGAUAUCAUUGGAGGAAGUGCAGAUCCAAGACAGAAUGCCGAAAGUUACUAUCUCAUUAAAUGGUAA